UGCCUCGAAAAACUAAAUCAUCAGGUUCUUCUUUCUCUCUCUACUUCUUCUUCUUCUCUGAAGAGUAAAGCCGCUGUUGCUCUGCAACUCUCUCUCUCCUUCAAAGAAACAAAAAUCAUAUCCUUUGGUUAAAAAUUGAAGGCUCGCUUUAAUGAUUCUAACCGGUAGAUAUAUAUGAUUAUACAUUUCAGAAGUGUACACAUCGAUGUAAAUACAUGUCGACUUUUGACCGAUGUUUUUUAGUUUUUCUAUCUGAAAAACCUUUCGCUGUGUUUGAUGAUUUUAAUGGAGGAAACCUAGGGUUUUCAGAGCUUUGAGAGAUGGAGAAUUCGUGGCAGGUUAAAUUUAGUUCGACAAUGCAGUCUUCAACUCCGUCUGUGCCUUCCUCUUCGUCUCAGGAGCUCCGGAAUCAGGCUGAGAGGAACAGCCACUGUUAUCCCCAUCUACAUGAUUCACACGAUUCAAGACAAAAACUACUUGGAAUGGUGCAAGACCCCCCACUUACGAACUAUCCAAAUUUAACCCCCCACAAAUUUGGUCAGGUUAAUCUUGGAAAUUCUUUUCUGGCUCUCCUAUCUGGGCCACCAUCUCUCUUGCAGAGUGAUUUUAAAGAAUUACCGAACUCAAAACCUACGAGUGAUAGUAAUAGUGUUGUUGUCAACAAUAUUGGAAAUGGGAUCCCAUUGACAUUUAGCGGGCUACAAUCAGAAUAUCCAAGUGAACAAAACCUGCAACAUGGAACCUAUUUUUGCCCCAUCUCAAGUAGGGUGGUAGAUGGUUUCAAUUGUAGUAGCUGUUCCUUUUUGCCUGGUUUUCGGAGUCAAGGCCCAGAAACAAGAGCCAUUCAUUGCAUGAUCCCUGGUAACGAGAAUGCAAAGGGUUUUUCUUUAAUUGGGGAAUUGCAUGGUAUAGACACUUCAAAUGCUUGGAAGGUUUCUAGCACGAAAGCUCAAACUUCACAAAUGAAGUCAUUAGAAGCAAACUCUUUUCUUUUUAAUCACUCGUAUAGUUUUCUGAGUGAUUGUCCACGAGUUCUUUGUUUGGAAACUGGUGGAUAUCUACUCAUCAGCAACACAGGUCUUCUUGGCAUUGUUUGCUCAUGCCAUUCUAUCCACAUGUCUGUCUUGAAAUUUUGCGAGCAUUCAGGAUUAUAUGAUGUAAACCCUGGGGAUGCUGUUCGUUUGGACAAUGGCGAAACCAUUGCUCAGUGGCGGAAGCUGUACUUCCAGAAAUUUCAGAUUAGGGUUCCAGAAGACCAAAGGGAUUGGGACUGGCCUGAUGGAUUAUCUGCAACUUCUGAUUUAAUGAAAUCGAAGAUGACUUUGCCCAGCGUUUCUAGUAACUGCUCUCUUCUGGUUCAUUCAUCAGAAGGUUUAGUAAGGUCUGGGCAGCUUUUUAACAAUGUUAUGUUACCAAAGAAUCUUCAUGCAGACCAAUGUUAUCUUAUGGAUGCUUUACAAAAUAAACUCAAGUGCAAUGUUGAAGACAGUAACAAUAUCAAUGGUUUCUUUGGAACUUCUCAGAACAAUAUUGAGUGCCUUCGAUCUACAUGUUCAACAGUUUCAGGAUCUUUUGGUAGUUGUCAAGAUGGUCAUCAGUCUGUUUCUGCGUAUAUUGAUUCUAUUUUGAAGAAUGGAAAUUCAUCAAUUACUGGUCCUGGUCUGCAGGAUGUGAGAACCAUGGGUGAAAAAUCUGAUUUCUGCAUGUUUAAAAAUGCAUCAGCUAGUGUCUUUGCAGGCAAGGAUGCUGCUUUUUCAAAUGUUGAGUUGAAGCUUGGACAACCAUAUCAAAAUUCUAAAAGUUCAGAACGUUCAUCUUUGGGACCACAACUACUGGAUGCAGUUGUGAAUCCAUCAAAGCUGCGCUCCCCUGAGCAGAUGAUACACAAUAUAGCAGACUGGGGUAAUGCGGGAGUUGGGCAAUCUCUGUACUUUUCUGCUGGACCAUGUCCUUCCCUUGGACAAAGAGAACAAAACCAGUUGAAUCUUGGUAACAAUGCACUUGAAAUUAGUAAGGUCGACAACGCCACUGCAGUAGAGACAUCCAGAGGCAAUUUAUCUCAGAAUGCAGUGGCUUCUCUACUUACUAAUUUCAACCUGUUAGCUGAGAAUGGCGGGCAAGUAAAACCCAAUGAUCAUAUGACCAGUGUCAUAGAGCACACUGUACCUGGCACACAUUAUGAUGAAUCUUGCUUUGCCAAGUUUGAUCAAACUAAUGUUCUGUGUAACAGUGGGAAUGGUUUAGAAAGGCAAUUAAACAUUUCUGGAAUAGGUUCCCAUGGACUAAUAACAGACAAGGGGAAAGGGGGAAAUUUUGUUGAGGUUGGAUCGUACUUUGUGAAAGAUUCAGGGAGUAGAAUUCCAAAGCAAAUUGAGAUUUCACCCUACCAUCCUCAAUUUUCAGCAGCACAAGGAAGCAGCUGUAAUAUAUAUCAGUUGGCUAGUGUACUGCCUGAAGCGCAUAAUGCCAGAGGUGUAUCUAAUAAUGCUGAGAAUAUUCGUACUUUUGGGAGUAGUCUGCACGUUGAUCAUGUCAAUUAUAGUUCUUCAAUUUCACCCAUUGUACAUGGGCUAAUUACACCAUCUCAAGUGACAAAGGGCAUUCCUUUAGCUACAUAUUCUUGUUUGCUGGAUCAGCCUUCAACUUUUCAGAGAGAAGAAAGCAUUAGUGUUAGCUCUCAUCUGCUUGAUGAUAAUUUGAGAAUGCUUGCCUUGAGGCAACUACUGGAGUUAUCUAGACAUCAACACACCUUUCCUUCUUUUGGAAUUAAGAAAGGGAAUGGGAGAUGUGAAGGUGUUUCUUAUUUACAUCAUUCUCUUGCUGAGUCUUCAGCACGUGGGGAACAGUGUAAUGGACCUGGUCAUACAGGUAGUAGGGAGGUUUUUGAAGCUGCUAAAGCACACCCCCGUUGUGCUACUACUAGUCUGAGUGGCUGUUGUGAUUUAUCAUCAUUGAUACGAACUCCAAUACAUUCUAAAGAAAUUGCUUUGCCAUGCCAGCUUUCCAGUGAUCCUAUUCAAAAUGAGCAGCCCUCAGUGAGAUAUAGUAGAAGCGGAAAGAACAUUGCUGGACUAUCAGAGCUGGAAAAAUGGUCUGGAGUCCCUUCUACUUGUUUCCAGCACAAUUGCAACUUUUCAGUCCAUAAAAAUUGUUUGAAGAAUUUGGAAUCAACUGUUGGAAGCUUUCCUAGUGCCUUGAAGGAGCAACCAGGAAUGACUUGUGGUGAAGCAUCUGUAAUUGUUCCAAAGUUCUGUAAGAAUCAUAUUUUUCAAAAUGAUCAAGGAGGAUCGUGUGACGGGAAACCACUCAGGAACAGUGUUAUCCAUGCUUCUCAGUGGAGAGAUGUUCCAAGCAAGGUCAAAGAGGUUAAUAAUGCCACGUGCGGAGAUACUUCUGCUAAACACAAUAGUGGUACCACGCAGACAAUCAACUCCUUUACAGAGCAUGAAACUUCCAAUAUUUCUUCUGGAUCUUACGCCCCUGGAAUCACUCAGCUGUCAGUUGAUGUUAGCAACAUGGAUUGUUCUAGUGCUGAUGUUGGAGAUACUGGAUGCAUUAGUAAUCUUAAUGAUGAAGGGUCUGGCAUUGAGAAAUGCUGCUCAUCAGAUGUUGCACAUGGAAGUGAAAGAAGUCCAGAAUUUCUUGGUGAUGUUUGUAAGACUAACUUGAAAGAAUCUGCUUCUUCCAAGAAUUUAAAGAAUCAUUCAACGAGAAGUCUUCUUGAUGAGCUCAAGCUCAUAGAUUCUAUGACAUGGAGGAAUGGUCGAAAGAAAUUUGAAACUGGAAUAACCCUUUUAAAUGAGGAAAUGCUUUCCAAUGAGGUUAAUAGAUGCUUGAAAAAGGGGAAGAAGAAGAGAGGCCGUUCGGCUUUGUUACAGUAUAAAAGUACCAGACUAGAUAAUUCUAGUGAAUUUCCCUCUUCUGAGUCAUUCAAAAGGACACAAAUGCUUUUCUUGUCCAACAGCGAAGGAAAAUCUUUUGAAGCCUGUUUCAAUCAACAUAGUUCUAAACAUAAACUUUCUAAAAUGUCUUCCAUGAAGAAACCUCCUCGUAAAAGAGAUCUCUGCAAUCUUUAUAAUGACAGCAGAGGGAAAGUUGUUUGUUGGUCAGAACAAAAAACUGCUCCCAGCAAUUGUGGAACUCCUGGGGCAUCUGUUGCAAAGAAAUCGAAGAGGGAAUGUACUUCCCAUAAUGAGAAUAGAACAGUGAAGACAUACAAGUCCACAAGUGAAAUGAAGUCAUCUUUUAUUUUGCAGGAAAAUGUUUGUCAAUGGAAGUCAAGACCAAUUGUAUGUGGGAAAUAUGGACAACUAUUCAACAGGGACUUGGUGGGAGAAAUGUCAAAACCAGCAAAAAUUGUUCCUCUUUGUAGAGUCCUUAAACGUGCUAAAAGGUGCAAACUUCCCAAGAAUGAAAAAGCAUUAUUUGCUUCUAUGAAAGAAUUGAAGAUGACAGGCAAUGAUGGAACUGAUGGUAGCUGUAAUGGAUUUCACCUUUUGGAGACCAAUAAAAAAAGCAGAAGCCAUAAAACUGCAGUCUCUAGUAAAAUCACUAACGAUGAUACUUCCUUGGAAACAAUGAAGAAUGGAUGCGACAACAGAGAUAAUAACUACGCUGAAGAGUUUUCCGUGUUGGGGAUAGAGACAAAUGAUAGAACCAAGAAAGAUAAAGAAAUAGAAGAUUGCAUUCCCCAUGUUCAAUUGAAGCCCGGAACUAAAGAAAAUCGCAAGCGCAGUAUUCACGAACUGACAAUUGAUGAGGAUCAACGUUCAAGGAAUGAUGAAGAUAGGAAGCAUGGAUUAUGCAAGAUUGAUGAAGAUUGGAAGCAUGGAUCAUGCAAAGUUGCUGAAACAUCUCCACAAGAGCAAACGUGCACUUCAUUCUGCUGUGUAUGUGGUAGCUCAAACAAAGAUGAAAUUAAUUAUUUGCUGGAGUGCAGUCGCUGUUUAAUCAGAGUGCAUCAAGGUUGCUAUGGCGUUUCCAGAAUACCAAAAGGCAAUUGGUAUUGCAGACCAUGUCGUUCAAAUUCAAAAAAUAUUGUUUGUGUUCUUUGUGGUUAUGGAGGUGGUGCAAUGACUCAAGCAUUGCGGAGUCGCACAAUUGUGAGAAGCCUUUUGAGAGUUUGGAAUGUGGACACAGAAUGCAUUUCUAAAAAUAAGCAUUUUUCUGUCAAAACUUUACAAAAUUCACUGAGCAGGUUGAAUUUCUCCGAUUUAACAUGUGGAGGUGUUACAACUUCAUUCCCUGUUGUUCGACCUGUAAAUACCAAACCAAUGACUUCAUCUGUCUGCAAAAUGGAUAUGCCAUAUCAACUGGAUGCUGUACAGAUUUCCCACCGUGCUAGCGAGUUCAUGGUAGAUAACAGUAUAACAGCAGGAUUACUUGAUUCAACAACUAAGCAAUGGAUUCAUAUGGUUUGUGGGCUUUGGACUCCUGGAACACGAUGCCCAAAUGUUGACACUAUGAGUGCAUUUGAUGUAUCUGGUGUUUCAUGUCUCCGAGCAGAUAUGGUUUGUUCUAUUUGUAAUCGACCUGGGGGCUCGUGUAUAAAGUGCAGGAAUCUAAAUUGUUUUGUCCGGUUUCAUCCUUGGUGUGCCCAUGAGAAGGGUCUGUUACAAAGUGAAGUUGAAGGUGUUGAUAAUGAGAAGGUUGGCUUUUAUGGAAGAUGUGUGCUUCAUGCCACACAUCCAAUGUGUGAAUCUGAUUGUAACCCAGGUGACAGGGUAACUGGUAGUUCAGGGUCAGAGGAAGUAACAUGUGCUAGGACCGAGGGUUACAAGGGCCGUAAGCGAGAUAGUUUCUGGUAUAAAAAUUGUUAUGGUCAAGUAAAAGGCAUGGGUGGAUGCCAUGUUCCUCAAGAGCAAUUAAAUGCUUGGAUUCACAUUAAUGGGCAGAAAUCUUGUGCGCAGGGACUUUCAAAAUUGACAAUAUCAGACAUUGAACAUGAUUGUCGGAAGGAAUAUGCUCGUUAUACACAAUCAAUGGGUUGGAAACAUCUGGUGGUUUAUAAGUCUGGCAUACAUGCUCUUGGUCUUUACACAUCUCGCUUCAUAUCACGGGCUGAAAUGGUUGUUGAGUACGUCGGUGAGAUUGUAGGGUUGCGUGUAGCUGAUAAGAGAGAAAAUGAGUAUCAAUUUGGAAGAAAACUUCAGUACAAAAGUGCUUGCUACUUUUUCAGGAUAGAUAAAGAGCAUAUUAUUGAUGCUACGUGCAGAGGAGGAAUAGCCCGCUUUGUUAAUCACUCAUGCCUGCCAAAUUGCGUCGCCAAGGUGAUUUCUGUAAGGAACGAAAAGAAGGUAGUCUUUUUCGCAGAGAGAGACAUAUUUCCGGGAGAAGAGAUCACGUACGACUACCAUUUUAACCAUGAGGAUGAAGGUAAGAAGAUUCCAUGUUUCUGCAAUUCAAAAAAUUGCAGGCGCUACUUGAACUAAGACAAUGUGUUUACAUGUUUCUCGUGGCAAAAUGUUUGUAAAUUUUUGGGAAGAUUUAUCGUCAUUGUUGGUCAUGUAAAUAGGGGAUCUCAUCAUCAAAUAGAGACUAAUUAUUAUUAUGGUAAAAGUGCCAAGGGAAACGGGACAUAGAAAGGUCAGAUGAAUGAACGAUGAUGUAUUAUUGGUGGCAGUUGCUUAGAUUCAGUAUCUUGCGUGAGACUCGUAAUUAACAGAAGUAAUUUCUACAA